GCUUUUUGUUCGCGUGAAACAGUUGCAAGCCUUUGAACGAUCAGCGACGACGGCGUUAACUUUGGCGCGGAUACAGCAGAUUUUUUUUUCGUUUGUUCAAGCAGGCGCCUGGCGGCUGCCUCCUGACACGUUGACGCCUCUCUGUCACCCGCUCCGCAAGCAAGCAGCAAGCAGCAGCAGCAACAGCAACAGCAGCAGCUUAAACCGAAAAACAAACAAACAAAAAACAAAGAAAAAAACAAACAAAAAUACAAAAACAAACAACAAAGUUACCAACAAACAACAACAACAACAGAAGUGCGAGUGCAUUGCAAUCCAUCCCAACAUAUCCUGUGUGUCCAGCGAUAACAAUAGCACCAACAAAAACAACAACAACAGCAACGAUACAGUUUUCCCAUUGCGGAGGAAAAGCCAAGCAAAAAUCACAGAGACAAUCAGACAAAAAAGAGCUACAAGAAAAGACACCAUCAUUGUGCGCCUCAAACUGACAGCCCGAGAAGCAGCAGCAGGAGCAGGAGUAGGAGUCGGAGUAGGAGCCGUAGCAGCAGCAGCAGCCGCAGGAGAAGAUACACCAGCAGCAGCAGCAGCAGGAGUAGCAGAUACAGAUACAGCAGCAGCAGCCGCAGCAGCAGCAACCGCAAAGAUGCUCACGGACAUGACGCCGACGGCCGGCCAGUUGUAUGGCUCACAGAUACCGGCCAUGGGAAUGAACAUCAGCAACAUUGCCACACACUUGCAGAAGCCACAAGUUAAUCCGGAUCAUCCCAGCUUGAGGGGCACCCCACUGGCCAUGCUGGCCGCACAGUGCAACAAGCUGUCCAACAAAUCGCCGCCACCGCUCGCCGAUGCGGCGGUGGGCAAGGGUUUCCAUCCAUGGAAGAAGAGUCCCAAUUCCCCGGCUGCAGGCAGCAGUGGCAGCGGCUCCGGUGGGGGAGGAGGCGGAGGUGGAGGUGGCGGUGGCAGCAGCAGCGCCGGACAACACUCGCCCUGCGCCAUUUCAGCGGCCAGCUCGUCCAGCUCCAGCGGCAGCGCCAGCGGACAAUCCUCAAGAAGCCUCUCAGCCAGCGCCAGCACCAUGGUGAACAUAACAGCCAGCAUCUAUCCUUACAGUCGCCCCUUGGCCUCGUCGUGUGCGGCGGUGAGCGGCUCGGCCUCCGCCUCCGUCUCCGCCUCGGCAUCGGCGGCAGCUGCCGCGGCAGCGUCCGUGUCGGCAUACGGCGGAGACUUGUACUUCCCGAACACGGGCAGCUCAACGGCGGGCAUGGUGGCGGACAAUCAUCACAUGCACCAGGGCCUGCUGGGCAAGGUGGAGGGGGCGGCAUUCGGGUCCGUGUACUCGCGGCAUCCCUACGAUUGGCCCUUCAACACGGUGUCGCACAAGGCCGCGGAGGCGGCCAGCGUCAACAGCGUGAAUGGGUGGUGGGACAUGCACAGUGCUGCGGGCAGCUGGCUGGACAUGGGCAGUGCGGCCGCAGCCGGGAUGCACUCGACCAUGGCGAACUAUGCGAGCGCCGCGGCCGCCGGCUCCGACUACUCGUCGGCGCUGUCGCACUCGCUGUCGAACACGGCCCACCUGCUGGGCUCCGGGCAGCACCUGCUGCAGGACACGUACAAGAGCAUGCUGCCCGGACAGGGUGUGGGCGGGUUCUCGCUGCCGCACAGCUCCCCAUCGGCGGCGUCUUCGGCGGCGGUGUCUCCGCAGUCGUCGGCGCCGUCGACACCGUCGCCCCGGUCGCAGCGUCGGUAUGCGGGCCGGGCGACCUGCGACUGCCCCAACUGCCAGGAGGCGGAGCGGCUGGGGCCGGCGGGCGUGCAUCUGCGCAAGAAGAACAUCCAUUCGUGCCACAUCCCGGGCUGCGGCAAGGUGUACGGCAAGACGUCGCAUCUGAAGGCGCAUCUGCGGUGGCACACCGGCGAGCGUCCCUUCGUGUGCAAUUGGCUGUUCUGCGGCAAGCGCUUUACGCGCUCCGACGAGCUGCAGCGGCAUCUGAGGACGCAUACCGGCGAGAAGCGCUUUGCUUGCCCCGUGUGCAACAAGCGCUUUAUGCGCAGCGACCAUCUGGCAAAGCACGUGAAGACGCACAACGGCACGGCGCCGAAUGGCAUUAAGAAGGGCUCCUCGGAGUCCUGCAGCGACUCCGAGGAGGCCGCCAAUCAGUCGGGUGAGUCCAACGGGCUGGGCGGCGCGACCAGUGGCCAACAGACGGGCGCGGCCGGUGGCGGCGGGGGUGGCCCAACCAGCGCCGGCUCCGGCUCGGGCUCCGGCUCUGGCUCUGGAUCUGGCACCGGCUCCGGUUCGGGCUCCGGCUCCGGAUCGGGGUCUGGCUCUGGCUCUGGCAGCCAUCCCGGCACCCCGACCUCGCUGCACGCGCAUAGCGCAUCAAGCACGCCCAGCAGCCUGCUGGGCGGCGGUCUGCACCUGGCCUCGCCGCACCAGAUGGUCGCCGCGGGCGGGUCGCCGGUGAUGCUUCACCAGCACCAGCAGCAACAACAGCAACAGCAGCAGCAGCAGCAGCAACAUCAGCAGCAGCAGCCCCAUCAGCAGCAGCCCCACCAGCAGCAGACCCACCAGCAACAGCAGCAGCAGCAACACCACCAGCAGCAGCAGCAACAGCAGCAGCAGCAACAUCUACAGCAGCAGCAUCAACAGCAGCAGCAGCAAUUCGCCCAGCAGCAGCAGCAGCAGCAACAGCAGCAGCAGCAGCAUCCGCACGCGCAUCUGCAUCAUCAUCAUCAUCAUCAUUUGGCGGCGGGCAGUCCGGGUCUGGAGCAUCGGCUGGACCGUCUGGAUCCCAGCGCCUUGGUGGACAUCAAGCCACCGAUGGUCUGAGGGUCGCUGGGACCCUUUCUGUUCACCAACUGAGCGGAAAUGGGUUCCUGGACGGAACUGGAAUUGGAAUUUCUACGCAACCCCAGCAGCUUACUAAACUAUAUCUACGAGUGAUUGGAUUGAUUCAUCCACAUGGUCCACUCGUACAUAUACUUAUUACAUACAAUAUACAUACAUACAUCAUACACAUCUCCAAUGCAUAAUGUAAAAUGUUUUUUUUUUUUGUGAUCUGGAAUAAAAGAGAAUCCAUUUGCAGUGGGAGGCAGAAAAGAUGCAGCUAGGAACAUAAUUACUCUCGUUUAAUUGUAAAUAUUCGAUGCACUCUCUCUCUAUAUGUCUAUGUAUGUCCGUAACCACACACACACACACAAACACAUACACUUAAUCGAGCACUCAACACAACAACAAAAAAAAACAAAAACAUUUGCUUGUCGCUAGCUUAAGAAGAACGGAAAUAUACGUAAAAUAAAUACAACAGCAAACAAUUAGUUCUACUCGAGAUAUCGAUGGAGUGUAGCGGAGCUGUUUGUUUUUUUUUUGUCGAUUUUUUUUUCAUAGUUAGUAGAUCAUAAAAUAUAUAAAUAUAUAUCUAGAGUACUCUAUCCGCAUACAUAUGUACACACGAGGAUAUUUGUAUGUAUGUAUCGUUUUUUUUCUUAGCCCGUAAGUAAGUUAAUCCUAAAAGAAAUCUCUGAAUGAAUUAUUAACCAACAGACAAGCUUCGAGCACACACACAAAAACACACAAACACACACAGUUUAAGGGGGGAAAAUAAGUAAAUAAAUAUAAAGAAUGAAUCACAAACUAUUUGUUGAACAUUUAUGCAAUUCUAAUAAACAAACAAAAGAAAACACCCCCUACAAAAUAUAUAGACGAUAGGCAUAAUAAAUAUAUUUCUAGUCCAAUUACGAAGCGGCAAAAGCGAAGGGAGAAGGGAGAAGGGGUAUCUACAUAUGGUGUGGCAUAGGAUUUUGUUCGUUACGAUCAAGAAUUGUAUGUAAAAAGCUAAGCGAAUACCUUUGGAGCGGAACGUCUCUCAAUUCUAGCUCUAAACUUGUACAUUAGAAUACAUUUUCAAGCAGCUAACAGGCAGACAGGCAGACAGACAUACUUUUAGUGCUUUAUCAGACAAAAGACAAGCAACAAGAAACAAGCAA